GGUUUUUAGAAAGUCUGAAAAAACUGACUCCUCUAAAAUAGAAUUAAACUCGUAUGUAUUAAAGAAUUUAUCAACAGAAGCAGUCCAAGUGACUUUAGGUUUCGAUGCUGUUUUCAAGGGAGACGAUCCAGAUAUAGGAUCACACAUAAGGUAUCAACUAGCUUCUAUCCUGGAAAUUGAAGAAUCAAGAAUCAUAAAUCCUGUGUUAUUAUCAGAUUUCAAAGUAGUCACCUUUGUCAUGAAAUCAGAACACAGCUCUAGGGUUCUAAGUCGACUUGAAGAUCUUGUAAGAAACAAGGAACUGCGUCUAGUAGACAAAGAUGGCAAUCUGGUGGAGGUUGUUCCUCAUCUGUUCUUUGUUAAAAAUAUGCCUUUACCUUCAUUGUCUGAAAACAGAACGAAUGGUGGUACAAUUGUUUACACCCUACCGGCUUUGCUAGUCGUUAUAAGUUUCCUGAUAUGCAGCAUAAUAACCAUUCGGAAAAAGAUGAGACGAAGAAAAAAGGUUGAUGUUCAUUCUGUACCAACGGAGACGAACAGUAUCUUCACCAGACAUGCAUGAUUAAUUUACACGUUAAUAUACAACAUGAUGCAGUGUUAUACUUUGUUGAAGUUGAUAAUGGAUGAUUUAAUAUACAACUGAUAAAUGUCACUAAAAUCGUAUAAAUAUUGCACAAUAAUCUGUAAUUACUCAAAACUUGAAGACAUUGUUUCAUUAUAACCAUUCACGAUAUAAUCCGGUUUGUGUAGAGUUAUAAGAUCACUCAGUAUAUUAUGAUGAUAAUACAUUCCAAAGAGACUUAUAUCUUAAUCCUAUGUGUAACACUUUAUGAAUUGAGAGACCGUUUAGUAUUUGCACUUGUAGCUGUGUUGAUUGUUUCACGUUUGGAUCAUAUUAUAUUUAAUCAAACUACUUAAUGUGUUUG